AUGGCGAUGCCCCGGUUGUUUCUCAGCAUUCUGCUGACCUCACAAUUGACUGUCUACCUGCCAAGUGAAGCCCAAAAGCAAACCCCUCCCCCUCACACUUCCAGCCCGAGCUGCCCAGCUUAUCCUGGUGUCCCUGGCAUACCUGGUCAUAACGGUCUGCCUGGGAGAGAUGGGAGGGAUGGGCAUGACGGAGUCACAGGACCCAAGGGAGAGAAAGGACACCCUGUAGGAAUAGGGGCACAGGGACACCCUGUUGAUGUGGGGCCAGCUGGACCUAAAGGGGAGAUAGGGGAGCCAGGAGAUGCAGGAGGCAACAGUGUGAUCAGCCAUUUACUCGCUGAGAUCCAACAGCUCAAAGACAGACAGGCUAAUCUUGAGAAAGCUGCAAGCUUCAGGGUCUUCCAGAAGGCAGGGGACAAAUAUUUAGUGUCCAAUGGAGUGCUGGGAAGUUUCGAUGAAGGUUUGAAGUUCUGCAAAAACUUUGGUGCGACGCUGGUCAUGCCAAGGAAUGAUGUGGAGAACCAAGCUCUUUCCAAAUUCAUUGUUGGUGCUUCUUAUGGUUUCCUGGGAGCAACAGACAGGAAAACAGAGGGUGUUUGGGUAGAUUUGAAUGAUGAGCCACUGACGUAUCUGGACUGGCACAGUGGAGAACCAAACAGUGGAGGUAAUGGUAUAGAAGACUGUAUUGCUACAACAAACUCUGGACCUUGGGUUGAUAUUACCUGUGAUGCAAACAUUGUUAUAAUAUGUGAAAUUUAAACAUUUAAAGAUGGGAUUUUUUUCCAUAAAAUCAUUGACCUACAUUUUGAUUGCUACUAAAUGAAUUUUCGAGCAAAUUAUCUUACCAAAUCUUACAUCCAGCAGACACUGUUUAUGAGAGCUGCAAAUUAU